AUGGCAGUUUCACAGGGAAACAAUUAUCGAAGGGAAAGCAAGCAGUGGUAUUUGGGAUCUAAUGUGUGCUUGCUGUUUGGUUUGCUCUUUCUGUCGAUGAUUACUUAAACAGAAGGUACUGUGUGUAGUUACUGUGGUAAAGAUUUUGUUGUCUUAGGUCGACACGUUUGGCGCUGUAAAGCACACGUGACCAGUGAUGCGUUCACUGCUUCGCCUAGAACAGCCUCUGAUACUGGCCAGGAACGAUCGAACAGCGUUGUCUUUCCUGAACUAUCAUUUGCUAGCUUGAAUAACGAACACGAUCAGGAGGCUUUUGCAGCUGAUCAUCACCUAGAAACCGACGAUCACGAUCUGCUACAUGCCGAAUGCCAUUGUGGUAAAAAAUGCAAAAGUUUUAAAGGCCUUCAAGCGCAUCGUAAACACUGUCCCAUUAAUGCUAAUCUAGAUUUAAACCUGCUGUUUGCACAAGACUCUGAUCCACCGAUGCCACCAGGGCAAGCACGUGCAGUAGAUUCAGUUGAGAAUGAAGAGACGCAAUGUCUAGAUAAUUCAUUUCAGAGAAUACCCGUUAAACCAGGCUUAAAGUUACCUAAAACACCGAUCGGUUGGGAUAAUGCUAAUGAAUAUUUUAGAGCAAAUUUGAAUAUCAGUAACGAAAUAACUGAUAUUAAUACUGAAAUUAGCUCACUGCAGGACAUGAUUUAUACAUAUUUCAAGUCAAACUUUGGAACUUAUAACAACGAAGAUGACAGCAUAAGCGAAGGGUCAAUAUUCCAGCAAAAGUACAACCAUCUUUCUCGUCGGCAACUUAAAUACCAUUUAAGCGAGUUAAAGAAACUUCAGUGUAACGAGGCAACGCAAGAGAUUCGCUAUAUUAGCAAACUAUUGCGAGUAAAAUAUAGCAAAAGGACUCACCGUAUACUAUCUGAAAAAACCCAUGAUGAACGCAUCCAAGAAAAUUUCUGGAAGUAUUGUAAGGAAAUUUUUGAGGAUGAAAACACAAUCCUCCCAGAUUUUGAUAAAGAAACUUGCACAAGCUUUUUUCGUGUUCACCUGAAGGCUAAUAGUGGGAAGGGGAAUGUUGAAAUUCCCCAGUGGAUGAAAAAAUUCGAUAGACCAACAAAACAUUUUAAUAUAGCGGCUCCGUCUUACCGUGAGGUGACAAACAUAAUCAAGAAAAUGAAGCCUGGAUCCUCUGCUUGCCCAUUCGAUCAAAUCAGUAUAAUUAUUCUUAAACGAUGUCCGUUCCUUCGAACUGCAUUACACCGUAUUCUAGUAUACUGCUGGGAGGGAAAUGUUGUUCCUAGAAUCUGGAAGCAUGGCUUUACAAUCUUAAUACAUAAGAAAGACUCCCCACAAGAUCCUUCAAACUUUCGACCGAUUACACUUCAGCCGGUUUUUGGCAAGGUGUUCACAUCAAUAAUUCGCAAUAGAAUUUACUCAUUUCUGAUGGAUAACAAAUAUAUAGAAACCAAAAUUCAAAAAGGUUUCUGGGAAGAGGUGUCUGGUACGAUAGAACACAUCGAACUGUUAACUCACAUUAUAAACCAUGCGCGCAACAAUAAAAGGCAUUUGAUAGUCACUCUACUCGAUUUAAAAAACGCGUUUGGUAAGUUGACCAUCAACUCCUUUCAACUGUACUUGAACACCACCAUGUUCCGACAACUGUAACAGAGCUUAUCAAAAACCUGUAUGAUAACUACACCAUCUCAGUAGGCACAGAAAGCUUUAUUACAAACCCAAUUUUAGUUGGUAAAGGAGUUCUUCAAGGUGACUGCCUUUCUCCCCUUUUAUUUAAUAUGUGCGUUAAUACCCUCAUCAAAUGUAUAGAAGAUGAACGUGUACAAUGUAUUGGUUAUUCAUAUUGUGAAUACCUACGCCCCAGACACUGGUUCCAGUUUGCAGACGACACUGCACUAGUCACAACAUCCGAAGAAGAUAACCAAGCCCUCCUCGACGUAUUCACUAAAUGGUGCCGUUGGGCAGGCUUCCAGGUUAGAGUUAAUAAAUGCUCUACAUUUGGAAUCAAGCACAACGGGAAAAAGGCUACGCCAUUUAAGCCUUAUCUCAAAGUAAAUAAUCAGAUGAUUCCUCAGGUUGAGAUAAACGAAUCAUUCCAAUAUCUAGGAAAGCAAUUCAAUUAUAAAAUGGACACGGUCGUAAUCGAACAGGAACUAGAAUAUGAUCUUUUGGAAUAUUUAGAGAAAAUUAACAGGCUUCCUUUGCACCCUAGAAAUAAAAUUCUGAUUAUCACGAAGUACGUCUACAGUAAACUGCGAUGGCGUUUAUCAAUCUACAGGCUUUCACAAACUUGGGUGGAACAGCACUUAGAUAACAAGAUCAUCUCUUAUAUCAAGCGUUGGCUACAUUUCCAUAAAGGUGCAAACAUGACGCAUCUGAAGUUAGCUAGCAGCAAAUUAGGUGUCGGUCUCCAACUGGCUUCUGAUGUUUACAGAUACUGUAAGCUGUCUAUUAGAAAAAUUCUUUCUAAAUCCAUCAACAAUGAUAUGAGAUGCCUGUUCAAUCUUACCAAGUUCAAUAAUGUGCAAACUGAUUGCUUGAUUUAUAACAACGACAAUCCUAGAUCAGCUCUUAAGCAACAAAUCGAAAAUACCGUGGUGGAACAUCUCUCGACUCUUAAGGAACAGAAUACGAUCAUGAAACAUGCUAGACAGGUAGCAUCUCCUAAGCAUAUAACAAUGUGGGACAACAUCUGCCGCCAAAUGCCAAAGAAUAUAUUCGUGUUUGCGAGACGAGCCUUGAUAUAUUCUCUGCCGAAUAAUUCAAAUCUAUAUCGAUGGGGGAAAAGUGAUAACCCAUCUUGUGAAUUGUGCUAUUCAAACAAACAAACAUAACUUCACAUGCUUUCUGCCUGUCCGGUUUCGGGAGAUGAAGGUCGAUACACUUGGCGACAUGACUCAAUUCUUUACACUUUGCUUCACUAUGUAUCUCAACUAAGGAAAUACGGAUUUCGAAUCUAUGCUGAUCUAGACAAUUUUGACAAUCCUAACGAAUUCUUCCAUUCAUUCCGCCCAGACAUUGUACUAAUAAAAGAUGACAGAAUCUUCAUUUUGGAAUUGACGUGUUGCUUUGAAACAAACUCUGAAAAGAGCAGGAACCUAAAGAUCAGCAAAUAUAGGGAUAUUCAAAAUGAUUGCAAGAAAAGGUUUCGACACUGGAGAAAGAUUUUCGUUGAAUUUACAACACUUGGACUAGUAACAAAACAUAUAGAUGACUUAUACAGUGUUUUUAAAAAUACAAACAUUAAUUAAUUAUAAGAGAAUGAUUGAAAAGUGUAUGGAAGUAGCUAUGCGUGCCUCAUUUUAUAUAUAUGUACGCCGUAACAAACAAUGGACAUCUCCGCCUAUCUUAAAGUUUUAUUAAUCCUAAGUAUCUACUACUAUAGCGAUGUCUGUAAUCUCUGUGGACUGCCCUAUGUUUACAUUGGAGAGAAACACAUGAGUUAGUUUUAUCAGGUUAUAUAUACUAUCAAAUUUAUAUGUAUUUUAAUGUAUAGGAUUACAAUAAAGUUUCCAUUAUUAUUAUUAUUAUUAUUAUUAUUAUUAUUAUUAUUAUUAUUAUUAUUAUUAUUAUUAUUAUUAUUAUUAUUAUUAUUAUUAUUAUUAUUAUUAUUAUUAUUAUUAUUAUUAUUAUUAUUAUUAUUACUAAAGUUUCUUGCAAAAACCUUUCAAAGUUUAAACGAAUGCAAAUUACUUGUUGAUCUUCCUGGAUUUGAAAGCCCCUCGAUUAUUACGGGUGAUGAAUAUCGUCCUGAUUUACUUGUCUCCACUUCAGACAAACACCUCUACGUUGUUGAACUUACCGUAGGCUUUGAAUCAAACCUCACAAACAAUGUUAACCGCAAGAAAGCUAAAUAUAAAAACCUAAUUAGAGAACUGGAUCAAAACUUUACAUCUGUCAAAUUUAUAAAUCUUUCUGUCAGUUCGCUAGGAGUGUUUGACAAGGAAUGUCAUACAUUCGUAAAAAUGCUAAAUGAGUUAGGACUGGAUAAUCAACACCAACAAUAUUGUAUCAGAAAAAUUAUAUCUAUUGCCAUCCGAUCAACGUACUACAUAUUUUGCUGUAGAAAUAAAGAAUGGACAAAUCCCGAACUAAUGAACAUUUAAAGUAACUAUUUCUGUAAAUAAGUAGUAAUUUUUGUAUAUAAAAUUAUAACCAUGCACGUAUAAGUGAUUCAAGUAGUCAAUUGUAGGUUACCUCAAGAAGUGAGAUUUACAAUUGUAUAUAUCUAUAAAUGUUCUAUUAAUAAAGUUUUCAUUAUUAUUAUUAUUAUCAUUAUUAUUAUUAUUAUUAUUAUUAUUAUUAUUAUUAUUAUUAUUAUUAUUAUUAUUAUUAUUAUUAUUAUUAUUAUUAUUAUUAUUAUUAUUAUUAUUAUACAUUCAUUCAGCAUAUCAAGGCUGAAAAGUACCGUCAAUUUGGGUUUUCCUUCAAAUUACUAAAUCCUAUCCAUUGGUUCCAGUUUGCUGAUGACGCGGCUGUAAUUACUGGCCAAGAAUUCGAAAACCAACAUCUAUUAAAUCGAUUUUCUAUCUGGUGCCAAUGGUCCGAUAUAAUUAUCCGAGUUGACAAAUGCAGUACCUUUGGCAUUAAAAAAGCGAUCACAAAAUCAGUUCAGUACUUGCCAAAACUCCUCAUCAGCAAUCAACUAAUACCAAAAAUCACCAUUGGAGAAUCAUUUCAAUAUUUAGGACGUUACUUUGAUUUCCACAUGUCGAAUGAUAAUCACAAAACUGAACUAACCUCCCUACUUAAUGAACUAAUGUCUGAUAUUGACUCAAAGCCACUACACCCCAAAAAUAAACUGCUCCUCUACAGUCGCUACGUCUUGUCCAAGUUAGCCUGGCACUUCACCGUCGCAACACUCUCUAAAACAUGGGUUACUGAAAAUAUCGACUCUGUUGCCAACAAAUAUAUCCGCAGAUGGCUUGAAGUACCAAUAUCAGGAACACUAAGUACUGUCUUUCUAACAAAUAAUAAAUUUGGCCUGAGUAUUUAUCCUCCAUCUGUAAAAUUUAUCCAGUGUCAAACAGUCCUCCGAAAAGCUUUAAAAUCUUCUCUUAAUGAAUCAACUAACGACCUGUGGAGAGCAACCAGUAACCAUACUAAUAUCCAAUAUGACGCUUAUAACUCUACUAAGGAAGUUCUCAAAGAUUUCCGUUCUGGACACGAAAACAAACUCCUAAACCAAUUAACCAGUCAAGGAUCCUUUUUCUGCAGCGUCACGAAGUUCGCUUUACCUCAGCUUAGCAAG